GGAGAUCGACUGCGGGUACUCGUUCUGGAGCUUGCGGAGGUACAAGUCGACACACACGUUCUGGAGACACAUGACACACAGCACACAUCUCAAUGCUGUGUGUCUCUGCAAAAGUGACUCACGUUGAUGAUGGAUGCAGGGUUGGUGCGGAUGGCGAACUCCAUGGGGUCGGGGUCAUUUGGAUAGUCGAGCUGCCACUCGAAGAGGGCAUCGGGGAAGUAGUUGACGCCCGAAUACAGGGGGCCGGCGACUUGGGAGCCACCCACAGUCCUGAUGGAUGAACACACAAACAUAGACACAGACACAUAUACAGGAUCCCAGGAUGGGUGUGUCGGGGUGUCACGUACAAGUCCUUGAGGGUCAGGGGACACAGGGUCGGAUCGUAUUGCCCAGCACUGGCCAUGUUCUGUAUCUUGGUCAGCAUGUCCUGACCACACACACACACACACACAUACACGGCUGGGAUGUGUGUAUCUCUUUGUGUGGGUGGGUGGCACUUGAGCAGCGAUAUCAUCGGGUCCGCUCCUGUGACACACACACACACACACACGAGAGGGUUUGUUUAUGUGAUGUAGGGCCAACUUCUUGCUCUUGUACUUGUACCUUGUUUUGGGCACGCCGAGCGGAGUUGUCGUGACGAGAGUGCCGACGAUGAGGAGCACGGCCACCAGCAGCAGCACCACGAUGACCACCAGCUGCAUCAGCGACCGAGGAGGCGCGUACCUGCACAUCCAUGGCAACAACAGAGACAUGGACACUUCCUGUGUGCUGUGUGGUGCUGUCUUGUCUGAGCGUGUGUGCACUGACGGCGUUGUGAGGCGCUGUCCGAUGAGGUUGACGGCGUUCUUGAGGCCCUCGCCGGUCGGCAAGUUGCUGAACCCAACUGAUAUCUGCCGCAUGAGCUCUGUGUGUGCCAUCCUGUAAAAAAGAGCCGGCUCGACUCCUGAUUUCCAACUCAACGCCACCAGAUUGUCUGAGUGAGUG